AGCCAAUUUUUAAUCGCGUUUCGGAACGAACGGGACCAUGAAGCUUUUGUUUACAUUGGCGCCCCUUUCGUCGCUGCUGCUGCUGCUUCUUCAAUCCCCCAAUGGGAUCGCGGGGCAAAGGUGCUUGAGUGCCUAUACAUGUCUUCAAGAGAAUAGAGGUGUUCCUCAGGACGCUAACCUUAGGAAUAUCUUGAAUCUUGACCUCCCUUUUAAAGACACAACCUGGUUUAUGAACGAGUUUAAGAGGCUGAACAGCAACGGAAAUGUUACCAAGUCCUCAACUGCUUCUGAGCCGUCUGCAUCAUCAGAUACUCUGCGUCUCGCAAACUUCUUUGACUGGGAUAGUAUCUUGAGCCUUCAUAAUGUCGAGGAAAUGAUUCGAGAAGCUGAAGUCGAGGGCGAACGGAACUUCCUGCAUCUCGAGAACCUGAAGCAGCUCAUCCAUGAGAUGGGCAUCGUGGUGUCCAAGGACGACCCGGCGUAUAAACACAGCAGCGCCUUCGGCAGAACUGACGUCAUAUCUACUGAGAAUUCCCUGGUUGGCUUCAUGCUGGAGGAAAACACGAAGGUCUUCAUAGAAAGGUGAUUUAUUCAUGUUUGUUCUCGACUUUCU